AUGGCCGCGGUUUCCGUUAACGCCAUAGACGAGCCCGAAGCCACGGCAGGCAACACCGCUUACCGCGAAAUCUGGCUCGAAAAGACCAAGCCCCUCUUCGCAAAGAUGCUCGCCUCCGCAAACUACCCACCGCCGGACCGCGAGUUCUACAUGGCCUUCUACACCCAAACCCUCAUCCCCCUGAUGGGUCCCUACCCGCAAAAGUUUCGCAGCGCUGUAACCCGCAGCGGCCUACCUAUCGAAUUCAGCGCAAACUACACGCAGCACAGCCCCGGGGAUCCCGUCUGGAGAAUCGGGUUUGAACCUGUUAGCAGGGCCUCGGGUUCAGCGGGCGAUCCCUAUAAUCAGAUCGCCACGGGCGCGCUGUUGAGCCAGCUGGAUAGCUUGAAUCUCCGCGGUUACGACACGAUGCUCUCUGAGCACUUUGUCGCGACGCACACGGUCAAUCGUGCCGAGCGCGAGUCGCUUGGCGGGCAGCAGCUUGAUGGAAGUGACCUCAGCCCAUCUCAGGUCGCCUUUGGGUUCGAUCUCAAGGGCGGUGAAAUCGCCGUCAAAGGGUAUACGUUCCCAGCGUUGAAGUGUAAGGUUACUGGGAGGCAGUUUGGUACCCUCUUCCGUGACUCGAUUGAUCCGCUCUUUGAGCGCAUGGGCGGAUACCGCACCCGGGCCAGCUUCGACACCAUUGACGAGUAUAUGAAGGAGACCAACGGGUGGAGCGACUUUUCCUUCUUCUCGUGGGACUGCGUUGCCCCUGCCAAGGCGCGACUUAAGCUGUACAGCUCGACGAACAUUGUGACAUGGUCGAAGAUGGAGGAGAUUUGGACGCUGGGCGGCCGUGUCGUCGGGGAGUCGAGCAUGCAGGGGUUAAAGCAACUUCGGCGUCUGUGGGAGCUCACGCAGAUCAAGGAUGGAUACCGUGCGUUUACGGGCGGCUUUGAUAAUGACACUGACUCGACGCCGACGCCUAUCAUCUGGAACUACGAGAUUAGGCCGGGGAGCCCGGAGCCGCUCACCAAGGUGUAUUUCCCGAUCCAUGGCGAGAAUGACCUUACGAUUGUACGCGGGGUCGGUCAGUUCCUUCAAGAGAUUGGGCUGGUGAAGCAGGGGAGGAGCUAUGAGCGGACGGUACGGGAGUACUAUCCUGCGCGGGAUUUGAGCAAGACAGCCUGUUUGACCUCGUGGCUCUCAUUCGCGUAUACCGAGGCUACCGGAGCAUACCUCAGUGUAUACUACCACUCCUCAUCUGAUUACCCGUGGGCUGAGAAGGAAGCGAAGUAG